AUGUCUUUAAAUUUAACAAAGAAGUCUAAUAAGUUAAGAAACUUCGGGAUCGGUGGAGCUAUUGUCAUUGGAACUUCAUUGAUUGUUUUGAAUACUUUCCCUCAUUUGAAAACAUCAAUUUUAAAUUAUAUCAAAGGUGGAGAAGAUGAAGAAGUUGAUAAUGAACCUAUUGAAUUAAAUGAAGAACAAACCAUAUCUGAACCAUCCAGAGAUAUUGCUGAAGAGAGUAUGAUAGAUGUCAACGAAUGGUCUAACGAUAACUUAAAAUCUUGGUUAUCAGAAGUAUGUAUUAAAUGUUAA